AAUAAUUCAGUUGUUACUAACUACUGCGCGGGGCAGGUUUCGGAACGCGCGUUCCAAUUUCGAAUCGGAUCAAAUUUGGCGUGAGUGAGUGGACUCUGUUGUGAAGUGGUUUUUAAUCUGUGCAAUCGGUUUUUUUCUUUUGUUUUUGUGAGACGUACCAUGUAACGAGCCGUCAUGUCAUCCCAGAUAUUACCCCACCCGAUGUACCGCCGCGACUCCUCCGACCAAGACCGCCCUUUAGAAAUCGACCAUGAUGGCGACCAUAGCCGCUCAAGCAGCCCUAAAAACAUGAAGUAUUACAAACAGUUGGACGAAGACAAAACUAUACUGAACCAAGGCAAGAAAUCCUUUUGCAUUGACGCGUUACUGUCAAGGCAUAUCGAGCCAGAGACGACUCUGCAAGACAGAAUGGCGCAGCAGAAGUAUUUAGCGUUAAUCCAGAACAAAAACUACAUAAACAGAUUUGAAAACUACGACGCUCAGAUAGAACAGAAUACUAUAGACAAGUUUCAAGGGCAGAGCUUUGAGCAGAGAGCAGAGAGUCCCAGGAGUGGACAGAGCAGUCCCAGGAGUGGGAGCCCAGUGUCUGAGGAUGGGAAUCGGUCGGGGAGUUACAGUCCGCCUAUUUCCCCGGGAGUGGAGGGAGGGAAUGAGGAGUAUGAGAGCUAUAGGCCUGGAGCCCCGCACGCGCUCCUCGGCAAGACGCGGCGCCCGCGCACUGCGUUCACGUCGCAACAGCUGCUGGAGCUGGAGAAGCAGUUCAGGAUGAACAAGUACCUGUCGAGGCCGAAGAGGUUCGAAGUGGCUACCAGCUUGAUGCUCACUGAGACUCAGGUAAAAAUAUGGUUCCAAAACCGCAGAAUGAAGUGGAAACGCUCAAAAAAGGCUCAGCAAGACUCCAAAAAGGAUUCGCACUCCCACAACGAAGAAAAGAGCAAACCAAAAGAACCUCUACCUCCGCCGGAGCCUGAAAAACCUCCGCAGAACAUGGCCGCCGAUUUGACAGCUGUCAAACCUCCCGCCAUGUUGGACAGGGAAAGAAUCAUCGCGUUGGAGCGAGAGAGGGCAAUGGCGGCAGCUAAUUUUAAUUCUAAUUUGGAAAACAACAGGCGAGGGAUGGUUGUGAUGAGCCAAGAUGGCGGACGGCCCGGCAUGGACAUGUUUAGGCCGUACGUGGUAUGAAAGUAAAGGUUUUAUUAGAUUGUAAUUUAUUUUUGUUGUUGUAAAUAUUAUACGAUGGUAUACCUACCUCGGGUUACACCAUCCUUACUUUAACCAUAACAAACGUCAAAUAAAACACCGGUUAAAGUCAUAGUACGGUUGAAGUUAAGGUGGUGCAACGCAGUGUUCGCUGGGUUAAUGUGAGAAAAUAUUUAUUUCUAAAUUAAAUAAUACCGAAAUCAAUCCGGUUCUUGGUAAAAGAUGAAGCCCGUAUUCACAAAUGAUGCCUGCUUAUGUGAUGCAAGAAAUCGAGCUCUGUGAUUGGUUC